AUUUAAUCAAACGCUUAACUAGAACACAACAGAGUGGCGGUGUAUUAGGAUUUUUAUUUAUAAAACUAAUAUUAUGGAAAAGAAGCCACAAGCAAAACAAUCUUGGUUUAGGAAUUUUGAAAAACGUUUAGGAUUCCAAAAUGACAUUAAAUGGGUGAACACCAUACUAAUUACUCUAUACCAUAUACUAUUCAUUUAUUGGCCCUAUCAUUACGCUUUUCCAGUAAAAUGGCAGACAGUUGUGUUUGCGGCGAUAAUGUACGUGGCAAGCGGGUUCGGGGUCACCGGAGGCGCUCACCGACUAUGGACCCACAAAUCUUACAAAGCUACGUUGCCCCUGAAGCUGUUCAUGCUGAUGCUAUAUUCUUCCGCUGGCCAGAACUCCCUCCUCAACUGGGUCCGCGACCACCGCGUCCACCACAAGUACAGCGACACCGACGCGGACCCUCACAACGCCAAUCGCGGGCUGUUUUUCUCGCACAUCGGCUGGCUCAUGCUCAAGAAGAACGAAGAAGUCAUCAAGCGCGGCAAGCAGAUUGACAUGAGCGAUAUCGAGAACGAUCCGCUGCUGAGGUUUUAUGAAAAAUAUUUCCAAUGGUUUAAACUGCUGUUCUGCUACUACCUGCCGACGAUGAUCAAUGUGUGGUUUUGGGGCGAAGAUUGGAAGACGGCUGUAGCUUGGCAGUGCUUCCUCAGAUAUAUCACAACCUUCCACAGCGAGCUGACCGUCAACAGCCUGGCUCACGCUUUUGGAUAUAAGCCAUAUAACAAAGACCUAAAGCCAGCAGAAAACCGUUUCGUCGCGACAGUGGCUCUUGGAGAAGGUUGGCACAACUACCACCACGCGUUUCCAUUCGACUACAAAGCAGCUGAGCAUUUCGACUUCUUUAAUUUUGGCACCGCCUUCAUCAGAUUCUUCGAGAAACUCGGCUUAGCCUACGAUCUGCGGGAGGCGACACCGGAGAUGAUCAAUUCUAUUGCCAAGAGAUUAGGUGACGGCACUCCCGUACAUUUCCCACUAGACUCCGAAAAUGAAAGAGCUGUUGGUUGAACUAUGUCUACUGUUUAACUGAGGCGAUUGGUAAGAAGUAAUUUGGUCAGCCACGAACUGAUUGAAGGCUAUGUGAAUGUGAUUUGUAUUAUGUUAAGUAAGUAAAAUAAGAUAUACCUAAACUAAUUUUAAUCCUAAAUUUUAAAUAAUUGAUAUAAAAUAAAUAAAACUCAGCUACCUUCUACUAAAAAAAUCAAAGCACAACUUCUUUGCCAACCGCCUGAGGGAAGCAGACUAAUAAUAAGAAUGAACUUUUGAACAAGCAACAGAUAAAAUUGUAAUAAAAUAUGUACUCUUUUA